CCCGGUCAGUUGCAGUUACUUGCAAUACAGACUCUGCGCAGCAUUCAAGCGUUCAAGCAUCGCUAUACGUUUUCGCCCAAAGCAUUUCAUUCGGAUCUGCAGGAUUCAAACCACAGCAGUUCAUUUGUAACCGAAAUGGACCCCAUAGUAUGACAACUUUCAUUUGACUUGAUUUGUUUUUUUCAUUGUCAUAUUUGAUAUCUAUUUUUCUUCAUCCGAUAUCAUUGAUUUUUCUUAAUUUUUCUACUCUCAUCCACAAUUCAUUGGCAGCCAGUUUUGCUCACGAACACCCAGCUCUAAAGGGAAUAUUGUAUCUCGAGCCGAUCUCUCUCUUUCUGUCGUUCCUGCUGCUAUUCGAGAGGAGCUCGCGCACUUUGGAUUGGUACCUUGACUGGUUUCCCAAGAACCGGAACAAACGGGGGAUUUAUUCUUUGCUUUGCGCUUGUGGAAGUGGACAACGGCGGUGACAGGGUCGCCGUUCCGUUGUGAGGAAUGUACCCUGUGCUCAGGUCGGCUCGCUGAGGGAGAAUAUUAACGCGCUAUCGUUUUCUUCUCUCUGAAUGAAAGACUGCUUUUGCACCUUUGGUUUUGUAUUCCCGAGGUGCUUGAAUAAAGGGACUAACUCGGCAGCAGGAAAUCAUCCUGGAGAUGCACUACAUUUGAUUGGUUUUACGCAUUCACUAUUUCGUCCCUUUUUUUCUUCUUCCAUUUUCAGAUCGUGAUAUUUAGAGUUUAAUUGCCUCAGUCAUUCUCUUGGGCGUUUCACGUCUCUCUUUUUUUGGACAUAUAAUUUCGGAUCGGAUUGUGAUCCUCCCGAAAGACAGUAAUAAUGGGGGACUCGAUGUGGAGAUAUUAUUUAGGAGUUUGGUUUAUUGCGUGCAAGGUGAUCUUGACCAGGGCGAUCAUUAUGGACGCCAUAUAUUGGAACACAACAAAUACAAAAUUCGUGCCAGGACAGGGCUUGGUGUUGUACCCUCAGAUAGGGGAUAAGUUGGACAUAGUGUGCCCACGUGUGGACGCAGUAGCCGAUGGGGUGGAGUAUUACAAGAUCCACAUGGUUCCCAGGGAGCAGCUGGAGAGCUGCAUCAUCACCAAGGCCGACACGCCGCUGCUCAACUGUGUGAAGCCCGAUCAGGACGUCAAGUUCACC